GGGAUAAAUCAAUGGUGAUAACUUCCUCUAUGUGAGGCGGUGUUGCUCCUCCCCGCUCCAGUGACUGGAUGGUUCACUCCACUCUAUAUUUACAUCUCUCAGCCCGGGACUGUAUCAACUUAACAUCGAGUCAGUGUCAGAAACAUGAGAAGUGCAAGAGGUCUGAAGGCAGCUAGUGAUCGGUCACCGAGGGGGAAGCCGGCCCGGAUAAUGGACAAUGAUCGGGGGCGGCGCUAAUUGCCCGAUCGUCCUCAGAUUUUAACAAUCCAAAUCUCCCGAUACCAGCGAUGUUACCUUGGAAGAAAAACAAAUUGGACUUGGUCGAGAAGCGGCAGCCGAAGCAGCUCGGUUACUCGGUGAGUCUGAACUACAGCAGCCUGACUUCCUUCACCCGUGCGUGCCCGGACCUGGUGCCAGAGAGCGCUCUCAACCGAGUCUGCAGCAUGUUCAAAUCCAGGAGGAGGAAGAUCACCAUCACCGGGGAAGAUCCCACCUACACAGUCUUAUACCUCGGCAAUGCCACCACUAUCCAGUCCAAAGGGGAAGGCUGUGCCGAUGUGGCCGUGACCAAAAUCUGGUCCAAAAGUGAACAGGGUAAAAACGGCACCAAGAUGAAGCUGACCAUCAGCUCUCAAGGAAUCCGCAUGGUCCAUGUGGACGGCAAAGCAAAGAGACCCGGCCAUCUCUACCUUUUACACAGGAUCACCUACUGUGUGGCGGAUCCCAGAUCGCCCAGAAUCUUCGCCUGGAUCUACCGGCACGAACUGAAGCACAAGGCGGUCAUGCUGAGAUGCCACGCCGUGUUGGUCUCCAAAGCCGAGAAGGCGAAGGCGAUGGCCCUGCUCCUGUACCAGACCACCAGUAACGCCCUGGCCGAGUUUAAGAGGCUCAAGAGGAGGGACGAUGCCAGGCACCAGCAGCAGAAACUGAUCGGGGAGCAGACCAUCCCCCUGGUGCCCCUCAGGAAGCUGAUGAACGGUCAGUGCAGUUACAAGCCCCCGGUGGAAAGGAGCCGGAGCGCCCCGAAGCUGGGCUCCAUCACCGAGGACCUGGUGGGAGAGCAACAGGAAGAGAAAGCCGAGCUGGAGCUGAGUCUGGAGUAUGAGGACAUUCUGGACACUGCGGAAGCCUCAGACAGAAACGAGCAGCAGGACCUUUGUGAAAUGAUCAGUGAUCUGGGCCAGCUGACUAUAGGGAACGAUGUCCAGUUACUGAGAGCUGAUCUGAGAGUGACCAGGUUACUAUCUGGGGAAAGUACGAGCAGCGAGUCAUCCCUGGGAAGUGGGGCGAGUGAUCAGGAGCCCGUGGCUGCGACGGAUGGCAGUGAAGACGGCGACUUGCAAGAAAUGGGAUAAUUGUACAAUUGCUUCAAGUUUUCUUUGCGGUCGGCUUCCCAUUACAACACGAACUGACAGUGUGUUAUUCCCCCCCACCCCCAUCUCACCAUUACACUAACAAUAAGAUGCUAAAAGAGGGGAAAACCAUAACUGUGUGCAGUGAAGAGAAAGGAAAAGCACAGAACAGACUUUUUUUAAAAAAGGGCACUAACCGGCUUACGAUUUGUGUCGACUUUAAUCGUUCCUUUAAUCAGUAAGUGGAGAGUUUAACAUUUAGAAAUGGAAGUUGCGAUUUGUAUGUGCCGGUUUGCUCCCUGUUUACAAGAAACUUCCCGUGGAAGCCGGGACACCUUGAAACUGACCAGGCGUUGAUCCAGCUCUCUCUGCCCUAUUCACUGCAACACUCGCACAGUGGCUGCUAUUGACCAUUUUAGCAUCAGAUUCCCUCUCCUCACGCAUCUCCCUCCAAGCCACAACUGCGGUUUGUAAAAGGACGGGCAACACCGCAGUGUUAUUCCUGUGCAGUAUUUCAGUAAUGUGACUGGCAGAUAAAAUAGAAAUAGAUGGAUCACCAUUAUCAAAGGUUCUGCCAGACUUAGAUAGAGUAAUUGGCUGGUCUCAGCUGUGCAAAGUAAAACAUCACAUUUUGGCAAAUACAUUAACGUUUUCCAAUAGUAACCACAUCCCACAAUGUAAUCAUAUGGGUCAGAUCUGACAGAUCAUACCUCAUUUUGAGAACUUAAUUUCUCAUACCCUUUGGUUUCAGAACUGGACCUCAUUUCCUUGUUUCUCAGAUCUUAUUUGAUCGGACUAUGUUUAGGGGUGUCUGAAAUGUAUUCAACACUAUUUUGGCUCAGGCUAUAUUCUGGUGUCACUAGUGUCCAUCUUAAACUUGAGUUAACGUAAUGACUAUUGAGGGACUUAAUUCCUAUUUAAUGUUCCUGCCCUGAAACUGGUCAAAAAUUAGGCAGAGUUGACACUGCAGAAGUUCUGAUUAGUUUUACCAGAACUAUUGCUACCUAAGCAAUGGUUUUUGAGGGAAUGGGUGGAGGUCACCAAUACGAGGACAAGCAAUUUUUACUUAAUGUGGAGUCAGAAGAAGCAGUUGUGUAACUCUUCACUACACCAUUGAAGUUAGCUACCACAUUACUUUGCCUGAUCCCUUUCACCUCCACCCUUAGACCUACUAGAGAGCUGUUCCUGAUCUCAGAGCUAAAUCACAUGCUUUCCUCUUAGGGAACUCAUGUUACAGCCAGACAAUGUGACCUGUGUUUGUAUUCAGGCAUGAACCAAGUUCUUCCCCAAAGAGUAUGUUUCAGUCAAGAUUGUAGCUAUUAUCUAAUGUUUUGCCAUUUCAUUAUGUUAAUUUGCAAUAGUCUUAAUUGUUAAGGAAAAUCUUAAUGACAAUUUAAUUAAUUGUUCUGUCCUUAUGAUUUAAUUCCUUCCCUCAGUCAGUUCUUCAUUUUUAGCUUUAAUGGCUUCAUGAUGGCUUGCUCUUUUGAAAUAUUAGUGGUUACUUUCUCCCUCAUGUUGUUGUCUUUCAUUUGAUUUCCCUUUGUGCUGAUGGAAGAAAUUGGUGGUUUGAAUUUCCAAAAUCUGAAGCUUCCCUCAGAUACACACCAAAGUUAUACAUAAAGAAUCAUGUUCCCUGCAUUUUCUAUUUGGAAACAUUAUGUUUUGAGACACUUGGCAAGUCCCAGAAAAGGCUAUUGAUUCAGAAGGAGAUCUUUGAAAUCUGUUGAAAGAUAUUUUGUAUUAAAUACACAUUUUGAAGACUGUACAACAUGUCUACACACAUUAACAGCUCUUAUCCAAUCCAACUACUUUGAUUUCAGAAAUCUAGAAUGCAUGUUAAAAUCAGAAGGGAAACCAAAAAUGUUUUUUGAAAGAGGAUACAUCUGGUAUCUUAUACAGACUUUGUGUAUGAAAAAUCAUAAGUUUAAAUAAAUGAGACACUCAUAUAUUAUAGUAUCAAUUUGACAUAAAGGUCAGCACUGUGAAAGUAAUUACUGCACUAUUAGGAACUUUUGCCAUUUAGAUUAAUGGCUCCAUAAAAUUCUAUCGAUGGUCAAAGAUAUCUAAUUAACACACAACAUUUUUGCCACAGAGGUACAAUAAUCUGGUAAAAUAAGUUGGGAGUUGCAAUCAAUGCUGAAGGAAAUUAUGUAAUGUCUUCUUAACAAACCAUAGAGGUAAUGUUGAUUUUGGCUGAUGGUGUAAAAUGGCUGACAAUGAAUUAUCUUUACACUGACUGUAAAGUCAAUAGAAACAAAAGAUUGUGGGAGCUGAAAACCUGGCUGCCAACUUGCUAUCACCCAUUUUAGAGUAUUGCAACUUUAUCAGAGUGUGUUAAGACAAAGAAAAACAAUCUGUAUUACAUUGAAGUUAUUAUUGGAUUUGACUGAAUAGAUUCUCACCAAUGUAUAGAAUGGAUUCUUUACAUUUGUAAUUUCUCAUUAUGGAAUGAACACUAUUUUUCACAUUCAGUUAAAUACCAUGUUUAAUAGUCUUAAGUAUUUGUUUACAACCUCUUAACAGAGUCACAGAAUUUAUCCUUGCCUGUUACGCUCUGUGGUUUGUAUAUUGCACUGUUGUGACUUCUUAACCAGUGUUUUAUUGUCUGUAAAUAAUUUUGUCAUCAGAUAUAAUAUCAUUUCUUUGCUGUGCGAAUGAAGGAUGCAGCAAGCAUUGGGUGUCCUAACCGUACUGUACAUACUGAAUGUAAAUCUGUACAAGCAAGAUAGAUGUUAUUUUUUUGAAUAUUUGAUGAAAAAGUGUCCAUAAAUUUUUGUUGACACAAACUCAAACAAUAAAGUCAAUGUAAAAAUAGGAUGUACUAGAAUUUUGAGGUAUAGUUCUACUAUGCAUGAUUAUAUUAAG